CUUUGUCGAGACAAGACGUGCUCAGCAAACAGAAAAAAAAUCAACUUAAUUCAUCUUAUUUAAUCAAUUUAAAGGCAGUAAAAAUGCGUGAAAUCGUUCAUAUUCAAGCUGGACAGUGUGGUAAUCAAAUCGGUGCAAAGUUUUGGGAAGUUAUUUCCGACGAACACUCGAUUGAUGCAACUGGAUGUUAUUGUGGAGAUUCAGAUUUACAACUCGAACGAAUCAAUGUUUAUUAUAAUGAAGCAGCAGGCGGAAAAUACGUUCCACGAGCUAUUUUAGUUGAUUUGGAACCUGGAACUAUGGAUUCGGUUCGUUCGGGACCUUUUGGACAGCUAUUUCGUCCUGAUAACUUUGUUUUUGGACAAUCUGGAGCUGGAAACAAUUGGGCCAAGGGUCAUUAUACAGAAGGAGCUGAAUUGGUUGAUUCUGUUUUGGAUGUCGUUCGAAAGGAAUCUGAAGGAUGUGAUUGUCUUCAAGGCUUUCAAUUGACUCAUUCUCUUGGUGGUGGAACUGGAAGUGGAAUGGGAACUUUAUUGAUCUCAAAGAUCCGAGAAGAAUAUCCAGAUCGUAUUAUGAAUACAUAUUCAGUCGUUCCAUCACCAAAAGUUUCAGAUACAGUUGUUGAGCCUUAUAAUGCAACAUUAUCAGUUCAUCAAUUAGUCGAAAAUACUGAUGAAUCAUAUUGCAUUGAUAAUGAAGCACUUUAUGAUAUUUGCUUUCGCACAUUGAAACUUACAACACCAACUUAUGGUGAUUUAAAUCAUCUUGUAUCAGCAACAAUGUCUGGAGUUACGACAUGUCUACGUUUUCCUGGUCAACUCAAUGCUGAUUUGCGUAAAUUAGCUGUAAAUAUGGUUCCAUUUCCUCGUUUGCAUUUCUUUAUGACUGGAUUUGCACCAUUAACAUCACGCGGAUCUCAGUCAUAUCGUGCAUUAACUGUCCCUGAAUUGACUCAGCAAAUGUUUGAUGCUAAGAAUAUGAUGGCAGCAUGUGAUCCACGUCAUGGACGUUAUUUAACUGUGGCUGCAGUUUUUCGAGGACGAAUGUCAAUGAAGGAUGUUGAUGAACAAAUGCUUAAUAUACAAAAUAAGAAUAAUAGCUAUUUUGUUGAAUGGAUUCCAAAUAAUGUUAAGGUAGCAGUUUGUGACAUUCCACCUCGUGGUCUUAAAAUGAGUGCUACAUUUAUUGGAAAUUCGACCGCAAUUCAAGAAUUAUUCAAACGAAUUGCCGAGCAAUUUACAGCUAUGUUUCGUCGUAAAGCUUUCUUGCAUUGGUAUACUGGCGAAGGAAUGGAUGAAAUGGAAUUUACAGAAGCUGAAAGCAAUAUGAAUGACUUAAUAUCGGAAUAUCAACAAUAUCAGGAAGCUACAGCUGAUGAAGAUAUCGAAGGUGAAGACGAGGAAGAAGAUCAAUAAGCAUGAGCACUUUUUUUUGUUUUAUUUUCCAAAUUUUUGAUGUAAUUGUCAUAUUGAACGCAAUAUAAGCCAUAGGUGCUAUAAUAAACUUUGAUUUAACAUGCU